AUGUCUUUUCAAUUGAAAUUUUUGCUAAAUUGGUUCCUGGAGAAUAAUCGACCUCCUGUCCAAGUAGUAACUACCAUCGAACCUCUACCUUCACAAGUUCAGUCUGUGCCUUUGGAUUUUAAUCCAGCUCUAGUAGAUGAAUCUACGAAUGCAACUAGAACACCGCUGUGUUGGAAUUGCAAACAGUCAGGCCACAGAUUUAAGAAAUGUCCUCAGAAAAGACGACUUUUCUAUCGGAAAUGCGGCAGAGACCACGUUACUGUUAAUAAUUAUCCCAACUGUCAACAAAAUGGAAGGCAGAGUCCGAAUUAG